GGGGGUGCGCGGAGAUGCUGUCCUACAGCGUGCUGGACGCCAACGUGGUGGACGUGGAGAAGCGGAGGAACCCCUCGAAGCACUACGUCUAUAUCAUCAAUGUAACAUGGUCUGACCUGACUUCCCAGAUCAUCUACCGGAGAUACAGCAAGUUCUUUGACCUGCAGAUGCAGCUUCUGGACAAGUUCCCUAUUGAAGGAGGCCAGAAAGACCCCAAGCAAAGAAUCAUUCCUUUUCUACCAGGCAAGAUCCUGUUCCGGAGGAGCCACGUCCGAGACGUAGCUGUGAAGAGGCUAAAACCCAUCGACGAGUACUGCAGGGCACUGGUUCGGCUUCCUCCUCAUAUUUCACAGUGCGAUGAAGUCUUCAGGUUCUUUGAGGCUCGCCCGGAAGACCUUAACCCUCCAAAGGAGGACUAUGGAUCUUCAAAGAGAAAAUCAGUUUGGAUGUCCAGUUUGUCUGAGACUCCAAAAAAGAGCGUCGCUCCAGGUGCUGAUGCUAGCUCUGAACCCAUGAUCCUGGAGCAAUAUGUGGUGGUGUCCAACUAUGAGAAGCAGGAGAACUCUGAGAUCAGCCUCCAGGCUGGAGAGGUCGUGGAUGUCAUAGAGAAAAACGAAAGCGGUUGGUGGUUUGUGAGCACAGCAGAGGAACAGGGAUGGGUCCCUGCUACAUACCUGGAAUCUCAAAAUGGAACCAGAGAUGACUCUGACAUCAACACAUCUAAAUUUGGGGAAGUUUCUAAGCGACGCAAGGCUCACCUGAGACGCCUGGACCGGCGAUGGACGCUGGGCGGGAUAGUCAACAGGCAGCAGAGUCGAGAAGAGAAAUAUGUCACUAUCCAGCCGUACGCCAGCCAGGGGAAGGAUGAGAUUGGGUUCGAAAAAGGGGUCACCGUGGAGGUCAUCCAAAAGAACCUGGAAGGAUGGUGGUACAUAAGGUAUCUAGGCAAAGAGGGCUGGGCACCAGCUUCAUAUCUGAAGAAGGCUAAAGAUGAUCUUCCAUCUAGAAAAAAGAACUUAACUGGACCAGUGGAAAUCAUAGGAAACAUCAUGGAGAUCAGUAACCUGCUGAACAAGAAAUCGUCCACUGACAAGGAAGCUCAAGUAGAAAAUGAGACUGCAGAAACCCAUAUCACCAAGAAGGAAAUAAGUUUACCCAUCCUGUGCAAUGACUCUAAUGGCAAUGCCAUGAUGACUUCAGACAAGCAGGUUUCCAGACUGGCCCAAGGAUCCCCAGCCAUAGCAAGGAUAGCACCACAAAGAGCUCAAAUAAGUUCUCCAAAUCUAAGAACAAGACCGCCCCCACGAAGAGAAUCCAGUCUGGGUUUUCAGUUACCCAAGCCACCAGAGCCACCCUCUGUGGAAGUGGAAUAUUACACCAUUGCAGAGUUCCAGUCAUGUAUCUCUGACGGCAUAAGCUUUCGUGGAGGACAAAAAGCAGAGGUUAUAGAAAAGAAUUCUGGUGGCUGGUGGUAUGUGCAGAUUGGAGAGAAGGAAGGAUGGGCUCCAGCAUCUUACAUUGACAAGAGGAAGAAACCAAAUUUAAACAGAAGAACCAGUACUUUAACCCGCCCAAAGGUUCCUCCCCCAGCACCUCCCAGUAAACCAAAAGAUUCUGAAGAAGGAAAAACUCCUGGAGCAGUUUCUUCAGGAGAUACCCAGGAAUCUCCCCACAAGCUGAAAUAUGAAGAACCUGAGUAUGAUGUGCCAGCCUUUGGCUUUGACUCAGAGUGUGAAGUGAGUGAAAGUCAUCAUGAAGAGGGCGCUCCUGAAAAACGGCUAUUUCAGCCCCUCAAACCCUCACCUGUAUCAUCACUUCAGAAAGCAAAGCUCAAAGUGGGAGAGUCUUCAGAAGAAGCUACUCAUGAAGAAGAGACCAUCUAUGAGAACGAGGGAUUCAGACGUUAUGUGGAAGAUGCUUUGUCCAAUAAGGAAUCCAGUGGAGAUUCUGAUUCUCAGAAAAGCUCCUCUCUGUCCUUGAUCCAAAGGAAUUCUCCAUGUUCCAGCUCUCCUAAAUCAUCACUCGUGAAGCUCAAGACAGAGAAAAACAUCCAGCCCGAUCUUGGAAAAUGUCACUAUUCCAGGAGUGAGGAGACAAAACCAAGGUCAGCUUCAGACGUUGGCUUACGUAGCAUGUCAAGAACGGGCAUGAAGAAGGAGCCUGGGCAGAGUCCUUCCAUUAGAGCAAAGCCAAUUGUUAGGCCCAAACCCUUCCUGAACAAGGCAGACUCUCAGAGCCAAGAAAAGAUGGAUAUUAGCACUUUAAGGCGUCAGUUGAGGCCAACUGGGCAGCUCAGAGGUGGACUUAAAGGUUCGAGAAGUGAAGAGUCUGCAAGCCCCCCACGCACAGCUUCUGAGAACCAAGAUGACCCUGUUAGGAGAGGCUCAGCUGAUCUCAUCACAGCUCCUUCCCGUGGCAUUUUCUGCUCCAGCCAUACAGCCAAAACUGAGCAAGAAAAUGAUUCCAGAUGUUUCUAUGUGACCACUGACUCAUACCAAAAGGUACAGGAUUCUGAAAUUUGCUUCCCAGCUGGAGUAGAAGUGGAAGUGCUGGAAAAGCAAGCCAGUGGAUGGUGGUACCUGAAGUACGGAGACGCGGAAGGCUGGGCUCCUUCCCAUUAUUUGGCUCUCCCUGAUAACCAGAGAGAAUCCACAUCAGCAGAGACUGAUUCCUCGUUUGCCAGGAACAGGAAAAAUGAAAACAAGUCAAACAGUUUAGAGAAGAUAGAGAAGAGGGUUCAGGCUUUGAACACCAUCAACCAGAGCAAACGUGCAACACCACCCAUCCCAAGCAAACCUCCUGGUGUUUUUUCCAAAGCAUCAGGGCCAGUUAAAAUGAGGAAUGGCGUGAGGCAGCUUGCUGUCCGUCCACAGUCAGUGUUUGUGUCUCCACCACCAAAGGAUAACAACCUGUCAUGCUCCUUGCGCAGAAAUGAGUCUUUAACAGCUACAGACCAACUUAGGGCUGUCCGUCGGAAUUCCUCCUUCAGCAAUGCGUGGUCACAGCCUGGUGACACAAAGGGAAAGCAGCCUGAGCAGCUGGGUACACAGAGCUCUGAGACCACCUCCAACCUCCCUACGCAGAGGAAUGGGAUCCCUGUGUCCACAGUCAGGCCAAAACCCAUUGAGAAAUCCCAGUUUAUCCACAACAAUCUCAAGGACAUCUAUGUUUCCAUUGCAGACUACGAAGGGGAUGAGGAGACUGCGGGGUUUCAGGAAGGUGUCUGCAUGGAGGUCCUCGAAAGGAACCCAAAUGGCUGGUGGUACUGCCAGAUCAUGAAUGGUGUGAAGCCAUUCAAAGGCUGGGUGCCCUCAAAUUAUUUGGAAAAAAAGAACUAAUAUUGCAAUAUCUUUAACCUCCCUAAUUUAUACUGUUCCUGCUGUGUACAUGUGGAAAAAAACAAUUGCUACACAAAAAGAUGUUUCCCUGUGCUCCAGUUUGUACAAAGGAGUCUAUACUGAGGACAAAUCUGCCGUGUUCUGGAGAGGUUUGUGGGGUUUUACAUGUUGUAAGCAACUAUGAGGAAGAUGCAGCAUAGUCAAAUGCCUUUUUGUGAAGUUGUUAAUAAUCUUGUAUGUGUAACAGGGUAUGACAUCCCAUCCUUCCCAUUAUUGAUAGGAAACCAAACGUGUGCCUUUUGUGAGAGAGAAAUACACAUGUAUCUACUUGGGGAGUUCUGUGCCAAACUCUGUUUUACAGUCUUGGCUCCCUUUCUCCUCAUUCUUGUCCAUAUGUGGAAUACCCAAGAACUUUGAAUGCUUUUCCACAGCUUACAGUGAGAAGCAAAUGAAAGUUUCUGAAAGAGAGGGACUCUAAUCCUUUGGAGAUGCUCACUUUUUUUUUUACUAUACUCAACAGUUGGUAGGUCCAGAGUUGGAGCCUCUUCACUGCUGCGAGAUUUGGUCUCUGACUUCAGUGUUGUUACUGCUAACUCACCAGAAAAGGCAACCAAGUGGGGUGGGGGCUUUUUGUUUCCUUUUGUUCUGUCUUGUUCUUUGAGUUGGGAUUUCAGGUGUUCUAGGGCAGUGAUGCCUACUGGUGCUUGUAAAAACAAACCUACAGACCCUAUGCUUAAGCAUGUUGAUUACUUUGUUGGCUCCAUGUUUAGUUCUGUGCCUGACUCCUGCCAGGUGAUCCUGGUUGCUUCUCUUCCCAGAGCUGGGUUUCUCAAAACUUGUCAUAAUAUCAAAAUGUACAAAAGUCCCUUAGGACACUGAAGACAAACCUGUCAAAUGUGUUAAUUCCUGUUUUGCCCUCUGGUCUGAACCCAAGGGUGCUGACUGCUGGCAGGGCCCACGAGGGUAUUAGUGAGAAAUAUCUGUAAGCUUCUGCAACAUCAGUGUUUACAGUGAGUGGGGAAAAAAAAGCCAUCAAACUCAGUCUGUACAUCCUAAUUUGUAUAUUUUUGGGGAAUUGUUUUGUUGUUUUGUUUUUGUCUUUUCUGUGCAUUCUGGGUUUACUUUUUCUUUGUGUGUGUGUAUGUGUGAGUGUGUCUGGUUUUACCAGAAGAGACUUAAAACUGAAGUAGGAGCCAAAUAUGUAUUUCUGUUCCCACUUGAAUCCAAAAAGUACGCUUGUACUGGAAAGUGUGCCUGGGCUUCUCAGGCUCAGAGAUUUAAUAUCAAAGCAAUUAGAUCUACAGUGCAUCUAAUCAGGAAGCUGCCUCCUCUAGUUCCAGUUCUGUUUGCCUUAGUUAACUCAUGCUUUGAAACGUGGCACACGGAUGUGGGAAAUAGGUGUCCAUGGGAAAAGGCUAGGAAUGUGGAGUUAUUUUAGAGGUAGCCUCGUACUGUAAACUCAAUUGACUGAAUCCCUACUGUACUUAAGGAAGUUGUGUUUUUUCUUUUUUUAUACAGCCUUGUUAAUCACUCAAGAUCAAUAUCUAGUUCCUUUAAGUAAUAGGCAGCCUUGUAAAUCUGUUUUAAGGGGAGGGGCAGACCAUUUCACUACUGGUUUACACCAAAAAUUACAUGUGCUCUUUUUCCACCAGAGUUUCAUACUGAUUUGGCUCAGAAGUUAAAGGUUAUAAAGGCUUCAAAAUAACUGGGAUCAGGGGGCUGAGUAAAAUAGCACAAAAAUAUCAUGUUACUGGGGAUGUUUCACUGCCAAGAAAAAAAAAAAAGAAAAAAAUUAGGCAAUUUAUAUGUUGUUCUUGUCUCUUUUUUCUCAGUUUUUCCUUUUUUUCUUUUUUUUUGGGGGGGGAGGGUUUGUUGUUUUGGGGAGUUUAUUAAUUUCCAUGGUAUCAUUGAGAGAGUUGCCUACAGCUGACGUGACUGAUGUCCUUUUGGUAGCUGAAGCAACAUCCAGGUGCCACAACUGGCUACAAACAGUGCUGUGGUUCGAGCAGCUCUCUGCAUGGAAGUGGGGAGGGGAGGCUGUUUGUUUGGGAUCCCUUUACAUUGUGGUGGCAGGAGAAGGAGGUGUAACUGCACAACAGCUCGGUUCACAGUGUGCAGGGUCCUCUUUGUACCUUGAUGUCUUAUCGUAUGACAUACAAGCAUAUAUCCAGUUAGCUACAUCCUACUGGAUGUGUAUCUGAGACAUUGUGGCCCUGUCUCCCAUACUUCUCCCCAUUUUUAGUUGUAGUAAUAUGGUAGCAGCCAUAAAAGACUGCUGGAGCUGUUGUGAGAUUAUAAUAGAAGUAUUAUAUUCUUCUGCUGGACAGUAUUAAAUAGAGCAAUACAUAGAGUUAUCUGCUAGAUUGCAGUACUAAUAGUAGUGACUUAGUGAUUCAUAUUAAUGUUAUGAUUUAUUUUAACAAUAAUGAUGCGGAAGUGGUUCAUUAUUUUGAAUUAAUGCACUUUAACAAUAAAAGAAACCAAAAUGGAAGCCAAUGCAGAGAACUAAGUGCAUUAUUUAAAGGUGCAGUAUAUAAUUAUCAUUUUCUUGAAGCACAUAUUUAUUAAGAAUUAACUUAUUAUUUAAAAUAUUCUAAAGUUUUGUUUAAAGACAUUCCCACUAGGUCAUCUCUUUGGGGGGAUAUAAAGCACAGCUCCCAGAUCUUCUGCAUUGAGCCACUGAAUACUCUGAGUGCGGUGCGGCAUGACAUGAGCCCCUACCCAGGGAGAGGAGAGCAGCAUGCAGACAGGAGAGCCUGGGCUUUGUACUUUCAAACAGCAGCUCAGUGCCCCAUGGCUCAAUUGCUCUUUAUCCCAUCUCAAAGGCUACAUGGCCCUCUGAGGAGGGGCCAGAACCUGUAGAUGGGCUGCAAAGCCACAGUCAUGGCCUCCCUCUCCCUCUGUCCUCACCUGUACCAGCAAAAAGGAUGGAGUGCAGAUGACCUAUUUGUUGCUAGAAAUGAAUGUGGGCCACCUGGCAUGCUGGCUUCCAGCCUGGUGGGAAAGCUUCAGUUUGGGCUUCCCUUUACUUGGUGGCUGUUUGGCUGCUUGUGUUUAAAAGGGCACUUUGAAAGCAAAUACCCCCAAAUGCAGUUUUUCCCCCUCCCGUCUUACCAUUGUCAUAGCAUCUCUCACUGAUCUCUUUUUUUGAUUCUUUCAACUGAGAGAUAUCAGGAAAAUAAUUUUUUCCAUUGGCGAGCAGCUAAUUUUGGUCAGUUCUACUGAUACCUGAAAUACUGAAAUACCCUUCACACUGUUAACUGUGGAACAGAGGGAAAGGCCUUAAGCUACAUCAGAAAAGCUGACUGCAGGGCAGGAAAAUCUGGCAGGGUGCUCAGAGGACAGGGUAGUGCUAGAAAUGUUUUAGCUCUUUUCUAAAAAUGUUGAUGUCGCCUCUUAUUUACUAAAUUUGUCAGAAUUGACACUGGAUCAAGAGCAAUAUUUAAAUGUAAUGUACACCUCAGUGAACACUCAAUGCAGAAAUCAAUCGUACUGUUUAAAUUUCUCUUUCUGGUUUAUUCCUCAACCAGAUUGUUAAGAGGAAGAGCUCUGCAGGGCUUGAGCAAAGCCAUUUGCAGCUGAAGGGGGCCCUCCUCUGGGUGGAGAGGUGUCUGCUCUCACAGUCUUGCUCUCACCCACUCUCCGUGCUUUCCAAAGAGUCUUGAAUUUGGACCAGCAGAGAUUCCAAACUCCAACGCCAGAGAACAAAAUUAAAGAAUGUGAAAAUUGUGUCUUGCUGUAUACUGCAACUUUAAUAAUAAUGAGCACUUCUGAGUUCGUUAUUGAGGUUUAUAUAAUGCCUGAAAAGUUUAUUUGCUGGUUUCCCUUGUCUUCCCUUUCAAAACACUUUCUUAUAACAGCAAGAGUCAUGUGUUUUUGUUAGGAGUCCUUCCCCGUGGGAGGCAAUCCCUAUUCAUUGUUUUAGCUGUCACACUGUGCAAUGGGUGAGUGUAGUCAUAUGUACCAGUCCUUUGCAAGCCAAACUUUUCAAGAUAAAAGGGUGAUGGGCACGUGCCGGGAUACUUAACUGAUGUGUCAACAGGAAGUUUUUAACUCAAUGUAUACAAUAAUAGCAAAUACACAACAAUGACAGAUUGAAAUUGUCUUGCAGCUAGACUCUUCAAAAUGGAAUUUCACAUCUGCAUGGGUAUAGCUAAAAAAUGGAUUUGGCCCUUGUGGAUGCACACCCCAAAGACUCCUUCCAUUAUGAUGCUAUAAAGUUUGACGAAGGCAUUAUAUAAUUGUUUUCAUCACUUUCAGAUCUUAAUGAAUCAUAUUUUAUUGUAAUAUAUAUUCAUUGCUUUCCUCAGUUAAAAAGAAAGUUACUGCUUUUAUCUUAUAUGAAAAACAAGGGAAUUUGAUAAAGCAUUCAUUAUUUUCAUAUUACUAGUAUUAACAGAAUAGAACUAGUACUAUUUAAUUUUAGAUCUUCAUAGCUAGCUUGUUAAUAACUCAUAUUUUCCUGUGUUGUAUCCUACUAUUUUUUCUAUUUUUUUUCCCAAAUACUUUUCAUUCUUGAGAAAAAGCAAAUCCAAUGAGUGGAUAAGUGCAAUAUUCAUAGAAUAAACAGGCCCCUCAUCCAGGACUUGGAGUGGAACGUGCAGUGUGAAAUGUUUGUAAUUCUCUAUUCAUGCACUCUUAGGGGAAGGGGCCGCUGGAUGAAAACAGGGCCUUUGGGUAGGUAGAGACUGACAGCUGGGGUGGUUUGGCUUGGGAAUGGCUGCUUUUCACAAAAAAGUAUCACCUGUUCAUGAAAGUAUGAGGAUUACGCAGCAUGUUGCCAGGAUUAUGGAUAGAAUGUGCAUUAACACCCUUGUCAAUACAGGACUUCUGAGCUAUGCUUGAAACACUCUUUAUGUCAUCCAUGCAUGAUACUGUCUUCUGGUGUGCCUCUGCUGGUUACGUCCUCUGUUGCGCUUCAGAAUUAACGAUUACUUCAGAAGGGAAAAUAAUUCUGCUGGUGCAGUCCCGAAUUUUGAUACUGUAUUGUGACUUGUAUUUAUUGCAAGAGCUAUGGAAAUAUUUUUACAGGUUCUUAUUUCUUUUCUUUCCUUAUUGUUAACUUAAGAAAAAAAAAAGUCCCCAUUUUAUCUGGGUUAAUUCUCACCUGCAGAAUUUCACAGAUGAUUUGGAUAUUGAUUUCAUAUGACUUGGCUUGCAAAGGUGGAUCUCUUAGGCUGUAAAUAAAGUUGGGCAGAAACUUCACUCUUCAAAAGAGGUUUUGUCUUAAAUUCUAUUUGAAUGGAAGGAGACCUUCAAAAAUAAUGUGACUUUCCAGGUAGCAGCAAAAUCUACUACCUUUGAAAAACUGGACUGUUUGUGUAAAGUGCAAGAGAAAUGUGAAAGCCAGAGCACUUGAUUCUCUGAGCUCUGGGAAGUACAUCUCCUGUGGCUCUAGUUCCUGUCUCUGGAGCAGGAGUGUACCUCAGUUUUCUGCUUAGUUUUUGUCCUGCUGUUCUCAAGUUUGUCAAAAAACCUUAAUAUUACCAGAGAUGUUUGCAUUCAAACAGGAAAAUGGAAUUCUGCAGCGGUACUGAAAUAGUAUCAAUCACAUGAUUUUGGAAAACCUCUCUUACUUUACAAAGUAGUAAUCUGGUUUUGCGGAGCCAACUUAAUUCUUUCACGUGCUCUUGUCUAAAUUGGCAAGAAGCCCACGAGCAUCAGCAUCUUACACUGACAGAAGACCCUUGUGGGUGCUCAGCAUGGACCGUUCUCAGCAAAAGCAAGCUCUGUGCACUCUUCCUACACCUCCGAGGGGUGCACAGGACUGCUGAGCCUUGGUGCUGUCCUGCCAUGGAUCCACUGUGCUGCAGAUUUUGCAGCUUUUUUUAAACCAGCUGGAGCUUUGCUGCUAUUUGCUGGUGGUUUCCCAUCACCAGCAACUCCUUCUCUGUCAACUUCAGAUGCUAUUUAGCCACGCAUCAAGGUGCUGUGUACCAGUGCAGUGUUUGAUAGCUGCCAACAGUACCGACAUGAUGGGCUGAGAGCAUGUGUUUGUCUAAGUUAUUUUAUUUCCAUUUGCUUUUAGUUGCUUGCUAGAAGCAGGGACCACCAAUGCAAUGAUGCAUGGGGACUGUGUCUGCACACUUGAACUGUUUGAUGACCUCUGCUAGUGCUGCCCAGUGCUUGUGUUUCUCUUUUCUCCCUCUGUGCCGCUCAGUAGUCAUGUCUGUUGUGUGUGUCUGUAAUUUUCAAAUAAAGUACUGUAUGUAAGGCCAGAUCCAGAAGCCCCCAGUCAGCUGACUUGGGGUUGGGAUGUAGGUUGCUGUUGCUGCUUUUCCUCCUCCAUCUUAGACCCAACUUGGAGCAAAGCACAGAUGUCUGUAAAGAGUCACCCAUACAUUUACUUUGGGGUGUCAGUUCUGUGGGGUGUGCAUGCAUUGCCAAGAGUGGAGCGAGGAGAUCUUUUUUCUUGGGUGCCCUCACAUCAGGGACUCUGCAGCAAUUCCUGGAGCAAAAGCUGCACCGCACUGCAUGCAGGCAUGGUAGGCAUAGGCAGAACAAAUUAGUUUCUCCCAUUUUAUAUUGUCAGGGCUGGGCUGGUCCCAUCAAAAGUGUUAUUCAUUUGUUCUUGCAUCAAGGUAGCAUUGAUUUUUAGUCGGAGAGUGCAAUUUUGUUUUGUGUUUGGGUUUUUUUAUAAAUAAAUUUGGUUUAAAGCUUCACACUGGCGUUUUACAGACCUGUUCUUAUCAGUAUAAGCCACUACUGUCCUGAGUUGAGACUCCUGUUUGUUACUAAAUGAAAAUUAUGGAAUUAUGUUGAUAAUUUGGAAAGAAAUCAGAAAAUAAAUUAAAGGUAACUAUAUUGGCAGGGGAGAGAUAGAUAAAAUAUGAGGAAAAACGUUUCCAAUAAGGCCAUAAAUUAUUUGGUCUGACACUGCAGGUGCUUUCUCUGUAUAGAUAGUUUAAAUAUAUCACUGCUCUGUGUUAUGAUUUUUCAUUAUUGAGAAAAGUUGAGUUUUUUCACUCCGUAACAUACUAUGACAAUCUGUAUUCUGAAGCCACUGAUCCACCAAAAAAAGACAAACAUGGGUUACGUGCUUGUUGUAGUUGAGGCAUUUUCUGUGUUUGGGAGUUUCGUAUACCAAGGUUCAGCUGGUGGAGUGGGCAAGUGGUCUAAACCUGUCCACGCUGGCUGUCUGUGAAACAUCCCUGUGCUAGUGGUGCUUCUCGAAAAAUGUUGGGUUUAGUGACCUUACCCUGGUGCUCAGGGUCAUUUGGUUACAAUUGUACCUGUCUUUCAUGGUCCCUGUUAGGUGGAGGACAAAAAGAGAUGGGAGGGAGAAUCACUUGGCACUGUAAAAGAAUUUUAACAAUAUAACAUCUAAUAUUUAGAUAAAUAUUUCAGGCUUCUCUAGAUAUUCCCCAUGAGAGCUGUUAUUGACUCUGUAUUUGAUGACUGAAAGGUAAGCAAGAUGGCAGCUUUCUCUGUGCAAACAGUUCUUUUGUGGUUUGAGAAGUUGUUCUUGAACUGAUUCUGGGUCACCAGGGAAGAAGUAAAAAUAAACAAAAUCCCAUCAUCACCCUUGGGUUUUAGAGUGGGGGGACAUCAAAUUCUGUUCUGACUCUGGGUCCCCCAGAGCAUGCAGAUUUGGUUUGUUUCUGUCCCCUAGAAGUAGAAGAGAAGAGAAUAGUGCAGUCACUGGAGCUUAGCCUGGAGCAAUUAGUAAACUGGAACAAAUAAAAAAAGAACAUAAGAAUAAACCUUUUUAAAAAUAAAGUAUUUCAAUGAUUAGCUGACUUAACUAUUUCCUGUCUUGAAUUUUCAGGGAGGAGGGGAAGUUGUAAUUGUUUCCAGUCUCUAGGAGAAAUUUUUCUGCGUCAUGAUGAAUAGGCUUGCUGAAAAGACUUGCUCAUUACUCGUGAUGAGUUCAAACCUGGAAUAUUGCAAAAGCAAAGUGUGCGUAGCAUUACAAUGACUUUUUUGUACUGAGGGUCCAAAGUGAGUAUUGCAAGAUCAGUAGUGUACAGAGUAAGUGCAUUUCUGCUGUCUGGCUAACUUGCACAUGACAUCAGUGCUUGAUCCAUUAUUGCAGACUUAAUUGCAGACACUCGUUACUCUGCUAACAGUGUUUGGGGAGAAUCAUGCAGAUGAGCCUCCUCAGUUAAGACUCAUUAUCAAAUUUAUGUCAGGAGGAAGUCUUGGGAGCCUAAACCUGUUGUUGAAUGAAGGCUGAAAUCUGUUUGAGCCAUUGUGCUCCCCUCCAUUAGCAGAGCAAUUGCACAUGUCUGGUCUGGAAAUUCCUACAGGGUUUGCUGUCCCAAAGUUGUAGUUGACCAAAAAGAAAUAUGGAUCUAGGCCUGGUCUAAGUGAAGUUUUGCAGUGGGUUUCUUGGGUGGUUGAUGUUAUUGAUGUGACCUUGAAUAUUAGAUGCUGUUGUCAUUUCUGUGUUGGUGUAGAGCUCCAUCUUUUAGUGGUUAGGUGGUGGGAAUGUACCUGGUGGGAGCUUGGGAUUUUGGGAGAGUAUGUCGGUGACCAGAGAUAGAGAAAUGUGUGGCUGGUCUUAGUUGUGUGUAGUCAAGUUGGUGAUACUUUUUUUGUCUUUUUUGUUUGUUUGUUUUUAAUAUAGGAACCAUUUUGUGUGUUCUGCUUGGGAAAAGGUGUAGAAGUUGGUGUGGUUUCUGUUGCAGUAAAUAUGAGAUGGAAUAGCUGAGACUUUUUUUUUUCUUUUUUUAAGAGAGUUUAUGGGCGGGAGACCAUUUAGUUUGUUUUGGGUUGCGAGUUAAGCCAAGAGAGGAAGAAAAUGAGUCUGAGGAAACCCUUUUUUGUGGCAACAGCUUUGGACCAUAUUUUCUUAUGGCCUUUGAUCCACUGAAGGUAGUAGAGUGAAUAUUGUUCCUUGUGUGAUGUUAGAGCUUUUGGUCAUGAAUUAAUUCUUUAGAGAGCUGACAGGUAUUUUGACAUUCACAGAACAUCCUAUAGCAAAUAUGAGCUAGAGACAGGAAUAAUAACUGUAGUCUCAUGCAUUGUCCAGUUCUUGUUUAGUGAACUCAAAAUGGUGACCAGUUGGAUAAAACUGUUUGUACAAUGAACAGCUCCUGCAAGGGUCCAGAUGUGCUUGGGUCUCUGAGAGUCUUUCCUAGGAAAAGAAAUCAUGUGCGUGAUAAAAGGAUUUUGCCUUUCUCAGUCAUCCCAGUAAAAUUGAAAUCCAGGAAAAUGACACUUUUUUGCACUUAACAAUAUCUUUUGCCGUUGAUGUUGAGAGUUAUUGUUAAUGAGGGAUUAGAUGCCCCAAUCUGCCUGAUCUGGCAUAAGACAGAAGAUCUUUUUGAGACCAGUCCCUGAGUCUGUGUGUAAAUGGUAGAUUUGAUGCAAAUUAGGGUACUAGAUAAAAAACAUGAGCAACUUUUCUAUAGGCUAACACAAAAUGUGUAUCAGUGGGGAAAACACAGCUCUCCCUUUUGCCAAGUAACCCUGUAGAAAUGUCCCUCAGGCUUUAGCACUAAUCAACUGUGAACAUUUGAGAAUUCAGCUGAUACAUAUUGUAUUGGGGGCCUGGUUCUGUGGCUGGGACAUCAGUAAUGUGUCUUUGUCUCAGCAAGAAUUACUGAAAUCACCUUAACACAAUGUUUCCAUUUGCUCUGGAUAUGACAGUAGUGGGGGGGGAAGCUGUUGUGCAAAGCAUUAUCUCCCCCUUAAUGCAGAUUUGCAGACUUUACUUGACUGUAGUGCCCAGUCCAGAACUGUUUUCAGAGCUGUCCUCAUUGGUUAUGUCGUAAGAUCAGCUUGUCUCCUUAUGCCAAAGGCAUGGGUAGAUGGGUCAGGAUGUUGGUGCCCUGUGAGGGACAGGGACUGCACACAGAGGGAGCUGCUGCCCUCCUCUCUGAGCCAUGCCCAAGUGCUUGCUCAGAGAACUGCAAAGCAAUGUAAAGCAAUUAAGGUUUGGGAUUUUUCCCUAGGUGUUCUGAAGCAGUGAAGUGAAAACAAAUGUUUGUUUGGGGAAUUUUAAUCGUGUGUCUGUAAAGGUAAAAACUCUGUAUGGAUCUCUCAGCAGGGAAUGAGAAACACCAAUUGUCCUGGGAAAUUGAACUUGUGAAGAUGCAGAGCAAAAACUUCAGAUUACUGUGCCUAAAAGUAGAUCUCAGCAUCUCUCUUUAGGCAUUUAUUAGAACUGGUGUUAUCUUGGAAUUGAGCAGCAUUUAAUAAUGGCUAAUUGAGACUGCUCAAAAACUCCUGCAGGAAAGGAAAAGACAGUUUGAGUUCUGGACACCUGUAGAAGAGGGAGUUGCAAUAAAUGUAAAAUACUACCGGGUGCUUUAUGAACUUAAUUUCUCUCCUGGGAUUGUCACAGAUCCUUGUGACUGUAUCUUGGCCUACACUAGCGCUGUGGCACAGCAGUUGGUCAGUGACACCUCUCUGCAAAAACUCAUAACGAUGCAUCUGUGAUAGGCAUGUGUGCAUUGGAAAAGAUGAGCCUAAAAAGGCCUUGGAGUAAAUGACACUUGAUUAAAAAAACCCUCCUGAUUUACAUGUUCCAGAUAUGCUGAAAUAACUUGCACUGAAGCAAUUUCAGCCACUUCCAGGCAUCUGCCAUCAUGCACUCUGGCAGCACACAGGUGCUGCAGUCUGCCAGGUAGUGGAUGGUGGCAAGUGCUAGUGGAAAGGGAAAUUCAGGAUGCACACUGUCACUGCCCUUCCUGUUUGUCAUCCACGCGUGAAGUCAGAGCUCUGCUGGGCCAAAGCAGGAUCAGACCCUUGGCACAGUGUUUGCCAUGACCCACAGGGCUCUGCCAAGCAUCUGAGGAUGCUCCUCUCUCCAUGUGUGCAGGACCCUGGAGGGUUGUGAGGGACUGCCAGAGCUUGAGGGCUGUUUUCUCAGAGUUAUUACAAGUUCUUGCAAUGUGAACCUCUAAUGUUUUCAAAGACUCAGGCAGAGAAAGGACUUACUAAACAAACGUACCUGUCAUCUCCCAGUUCAUUGAUUGCUUGGACCAAAGGUGGUGCUAAAUCUAAUCUUUGUCUGUAAUAUUUAUAUUUUGUUGGAUUUUUUUUUUUAAGUGUUUGAUAAAACAGAUGCAGUGUCCUUCUUACAUGAGAAAUUUAGUCCCAGCUUGGGACAUGGCAAAACUCACUGGACCUUCAGGGUCCAGGAUAGUUGCCUGUUAACAUUUGAGCAGGCUUGCAGUGUUCAGGGGGGAAAAGGGUACUCUAUCUUCAAAUGCUUGCAGACUGUAAGAAUUGACUUGUGAUUUGUUUGUUUGUUGGUAUUUUGUUUACAUUGCCUCUUACACCCUAAGGAAAAAUAAAUUUUUGACCUUUUUAAUUGUGA